AAUAAUAUUACUGUAUAUUAAUGAUGACAUGUGUUGUAUAUAUUUAACGUAAAUAAACUAUUUUGACCACAAAUCUGAUGCAAACAAAGGAGUAGUAAUAGACUUGUAUUACUACUACUACUACUACUUGACAGGACUUUCAAUGAUUAACGACGCCUCCAGACUCAUGGACGACAACACCGACGAUAUCGAUGAUAAUUUUAUUGAUGACACUCCCGAUGACGAUAUCGAAAUCAUCGAAAGUGAAGACAUCGAUGGUCUGAAUUCUAGCGACGAAGAGGCCCACAAUGACAAUGAAGAAGCGACAGCUGUUGUCGACGAGUCGGUCAACAGCUUUGCUGGACAUCAGAAAGCGGUUCUCUGUUGUGAUCUGAGCAGUGAUAACGCCUACGUUGUCAGCGGUGGCGAAGACGAUAUGGCGUUUGUUUGGCGAACUCAAGACAUGUCUGUUGUGUUCGACGUCAACGGCCAUAAAGAUUCAGUAGUUUGUGUCGAAUUUAAUGCCAAUAACUCGCUGGUGGCCACCGCCGACAUGAGCGGACUGAUACAAGUGUACGACAUGACUGGCGCCAAACUGUUUGACUUCGAAGUCGACGAAAUCAAUUGGAUGUUAUGGCAUCCGAUGGCAAACAAUAUACUGUUGGCCGGAACAUCGGCCGGCGAUGCCUGGAUGUGGAAACUAGUGACCACAUCGUUGACAUUUGAAUGCAAAACAUUUCAAUCGUUCGGCAAAUCUAACGUUACGGCCAAAUGUUUGCCCGACGGCAAGCGUAUUGUUAUGGGUUAUGAUGACGGUGUGGUCAGAAUUUGGGACCUGAAGAAUGUUAAUGUUAUUCAUGCCAUCAGCGAUUUAACGGCACAUACGGCCACCAUUACAUCGUUAGAUUGUAUGCCAGACAAUAUCCUAAUUGCGUCGGCAUCUGUCGACUCGACAGCCAAAUUGAUAAACAGUCAAACGGGUAAAGUUGUGGCCACUUUUCAGUGCGGCGCCGACGUCGCCCCCGUUGCCGAUGCUGCCGAAGAUACUGAAGAACUAGUUGAUUCCGUUGAAUGUGUACGACUAAACUCUUCCCUAUCGGUAUUGGCCACCGGCACUGUCGAAGGAUCCAUCGAUAUAUGGGAUAUUUCAACACAAAUUAAACGACACUCUUGUAAACACAGUUCCGGUGUAUCGAAACUCUCGUGGGAUACCAAUAGUCCCCAUAUCUUAUAUACGGCCGGUUUAGAUGGAAUUAUCAAUAUAUACGAUGGCCGAAGUGGCCAACUUGUUGGCAAUAAAAAAGGACAUUUGGAUCAGAUAUUGGAUAUGAAAAUAUCGAAAGAUUCGACAAUAGCUGUUACCGCUUCCGAAGAUAAUUGUUGUAAAAUUUUUUCUCUGCCUUAAGA